UUUCAGCUUCAUGCAACUACGUUAACGUGCAAAGAUUCUUGCGUGCUCUCUCAUGCAACGUGAAGAACGCCCAGAGAGUAAAUCGGGGAGUCGUACCCUCCUUCCGCGAUUGUUUAUCCAUCGGAGCCACGAAGAACCAAACGUGCCAUAUACUGAUCGUCCCGCGAUAUCAUCUCCAGUUUUCACACCUGGCGUGCGACCACCCCCUCAUAUCCUUGAAAGGGUAUCACGCAGCUUGCAUCGAAAACGGCAAACUAGCAGCAAUCGCAGUAAUCUUAGUUAUUCGCCAUCGAUAUACCCUGAAGAUCAGCCCGAGUAUCUUCCUUCGCCGGAAUCGCGCAAAAAAUUGACUCCCAAAGGGCUCUUCGCUCAGCCCAGGGCAAUCAAUACUGAGAAUCAAGCACAAAGACACCAUAGCCCUUCUCGAAUCUUUGAGCGCCCCAUCGUCUCCCGCCUUCCUCCGCUCGCCGGCAAGAAAUCACCCACAAUGCCUACUCUAUCCUACACCGAUGGCACACGCAGAGAGCACCAAGAAAAUCACCGCGGCGGCAUGCCGACGAGCGUACAAUGGAUUAUAGUCGUGAUUUUAACUGGACUAUCCGUGUUAGGCCUAUUGGGCUUUUUGGACAUCCAUCCGCCAGCCAAAGAGAAGUUGCCUUUGACCACCGAAACAGCAAGCGUAUCGACGAGUAUUCUACUGGAAACUGCAACAUCGAAGACGACUAAAGAUACUAGCAGUGAAACAACGCACGUCAACUAUACUUCACCCUCGACAUCAACAACGACGACGACUAAAAAGAGCGAAUCGAAAUCCAUCUCGACUUCAGUCGCACCGUCAAAAUCAACACCACAUCCAACAUCUACGACAAGUCAGGAGCACAGCUCGAAAGCGUUACCCGUACACGUAAGGGCAACACAAACAGCGGACUCAUUGAGCAUCAACGUACGCGAUGUGGAAGAUCAGAUCCAGCAGCGUGAUCGGUACUCUGAAGAAGAACCAAGUAUCAUCGUCCCAGAAACUUCCUCCACUGUGCCUCCAUUCAUCAAGACCUCAGCAUUGUCCAUAUCCUCCCCUGACUCCCCUCACGAUAUAACCAACUCACCUCCACCAUCUCUGACUCCCCUAACGACAACCUCACCCCCAAACCACGCCCGCGACUUCCCCCUCUCCAUCAAAAACCCCCUCACCCACUUCCCAACCCCAAACCUCCCCUCCGCCCUGAUAUCCUCUCUCCACUCCAAAGCCACCUCCCUCAUCCCCAAGCCCAACCUCGACCUCACAGUCCGCAUCCCUUUCGCCCGCGUAACCGACAUCCCGGACCUACACCUCCCCCCAGCCAUGACAACCCGCCCGCCCCCCAACUUCGACAUCCCGAGCACCAGCGCCGGCGCCUCCACGGCCAUCAGCCCCUGUCUGUGGGUACUCAUCGCGAUCUACGGCGCCGUGCUGCUCGCCCUCAUAGCCAUCUUGUCGUACGCCGCACACAUAGUGUUCAAGUAUAAGAAAUCGAUCGACGACAUCGUGAACACGGGGAGGGAGGCGAAGGCGUACGUCGAGAAGAUGAUGCGGGAGGGGAAAGACGUGCUGGUCAAGGGCUUCGACGGACUGCAGCAGAAGCUUGUGGAUAAGCUCGCGAGCGGGCUGAAGGGGAUUCCGGGCGUGAAGUUUGAUUUUGGGGACUUCAAGCCUAAUGCUGUGAGGGCGGUGGAGGGGGUUGGGGAUGCGGAUGGGGUGGAGGAGGUGAGGACGCACUGUGAGAGCUUGACUGGUGGAGUGGCUCCGACGCCCAUACGAGACUCGCGGUUCAUGUACAAGCGUGUCACGAGUGCGUCGAUUAUCAAUCACCACGGCCAUACAACGCCAAUGUGCAAAAACUUGCUCUCUGCGACUCCAACUCCAACUUCAACUAACACGGUCACGGUACUCGCAGAGCCAGUCUUGCAAGCAGGCGCCGCGUUCUCUACAUCCCCAUUCCCAUUCCCACUGCCAUUGAUCUUGGCUUUUGUUGUCUUAUUCCAUUCUUUGUUUGGCAGGUUCUAAAGGGCGUGCUGGACAUGCA